UCGUUAAAUUUACAUAUCCAUAAACCGUUAUGUUAGAUGGGAUCCUCCGAUUGAGAAGCCUCUCAUUGCAAAUUGAUGUUUAUUCGCUGUGGUUCGUUUGCACAUUCGCUGUGGUUCGCUUUACACGUGCAUUUUUCUCAUCCUUUCAUUCCUGUCCUGUGACUAACUGGUAUUUCCAUUGCUCAUGAUAAUACAUGUAAUAAACAUGUAAUGAUUGUUCAACAACAAAAGUAUACGACACUCACAUCGAGUCAACAUGGUCGAGGAAAUGAGAGCAAAGUGGUGUGAAGAUUUAGAGGAGAUACUCCAAUGUCCUGUGUGUUUUGAACGACCGAAGUCACCAGUUAAACAAUGUGAACGCGGACAUCACAUAUGCAACGUUUGCAAAGACCUAAUGUCUGAGUGCCCUUUGUGCAAAUGUAGCUUCUCAGGUGCUAGAAGCUAUCUGGCUGAAGAAUUAUCAAGAAAACUUGAUGACAUAAAGCUUUCAUUGUUACAUCCAAUGCACAGUCUUAACAACAGAGGUCGAAACACUAUAGGAAUACAAACUGAAACUGAGGUAGUAAUUGCAAAAAAUGAAACCAACAUAACCAAGAUAACAAAGCCAGCUCCUCCCUUAGCUCCCAAGGGAAAGUUUCCCUGUCGUAUCGGAACAUGUGAAGCAGAAUUGGCACAUGGUCGAAUGAUUCCGCAUAUUCGUUUUUAUCACAAACACAAAUUUCAUGAGUCUAAGUGCACUGGUGAAAACAUGUAUCAGCAAGUAUGGGAAAUGGAGUAUUAUAACAAUACUAAAUAUGAUCUGGCUAUUCGUGUCGCGGAGAUGGGAUUAUUCUUCAUGCACAUCAAAAUAAAUGAAAAUGGUGAUUUGUUUGGAAUUGUACAGAUCGUGAGUACUUAUUUUAUCGGCAACAAGUUUGAAUAUGAACUCAAGAUUAUGAGUGGUCAAAGAAGCACUGGCUUCAAAGAAAAGGUACCCUCCUGUAUUUCAAGUCCAGCGUCCAUUUUUGAUAGUUCAGACUGCCUGGUCGUUAAACGUAAGAGUAUGAUUCGCAUGUUAGCUUGCGCCGAUACCUUCUCGUGUAUCAUGAUUUUGACUCGACUGCCAUAAACUGUUGUUAAAACUUCAACAGUUUUACUUAAUAUUGCAUAUGCAUAUUAAAGGAAGCUUAAACAUAAAUUGUUGACUUUACUGGAAGUAUGUAUCAAUCCAAUAUCCAUCUUAAUCAGUACAUAUUAAAGCCAAAAUCGUAGUGGAAGACUGAAAAGUAAUAAAAUGCAAAGUUUAAAAUGAUUGGAAAAGUUACCGCAGGCUCAAAUCUGUUAUUUUUUUCCCCGUCAUUCUAAUGAUAUUUAAAUGAUUGUGAUGAAAAUGUGUAAGAGAAUAAGCUCAUAUUCUAUUCGUUAAUAUGCGAAGACAAACAUUGAUGACUA